AUUUAGAGAUGUAGUAAAAAGGUGCCAAAGUCAUAGAUCAACCAAAGGGAUGCCUCUUAGUUCAUUUUUAAUCAAGCCAAUGCAGAGGAUCACGAGAUACCCCUUAUUAAUUAGUAAAAUUAUAGAAAAUACUCAUGAAACUCAUCCAGAUUAUAAAUAUUUAAUCGAAGCACAAAGAGUAGCUGACGUGUUUCUGAAAAGACUUAACGAAAAUGUAAGACUAAGGGAGAAUGAAGAACGAUUGGAAUGGUUGCAAAAUAAUGUUCAAUUGGGUAACGAUUUGAAAAUAGUAUUUAAUAGUAUAACAAAUAAAUUGGGUCCAAGAAAAUUAAUUCAUCAUGGAGUAUUAACGAAGGUGAAAAGUGGAAAAGAACUGGUGGGAAUUUUAUUUAAUGACUUUUUUAUGUUGAUUCAACCAAGCAAGGCAAUUGGUUCAAGUCAGUUCAAUUUUAGCAAAAGUGGGAACAUAGUAUACAAAAUAUACAGACAACCAAUAUUAAUACAAGAUUUAAAAGUAGUAAAGUGUAACACCGAUUCUUUAGAAAACGGUACAGAUUCGAAUAGAGCUUUAAGAAUUCAUUAUGACAAUCAGAUCAUAUCAUUACUUGCUACGAGUGUGAACGAAUGUAAUUUGUGGGUAAAAAAGAUCGAAAGUACAAAAGAAGUUUAUGACAAAGUGGUGUCAUUAUCAAGAAGUCGACCUAAAUCAAGGAUGUCCUUUUUUCUGAUCUUACAUUUGCUUGUGUGCAGAGCCCCAAACAGGGGCGACCUGUGGACGUCUACUUGUGCUCGUUCAAAAGGGGACUCGCUUCAUUAGUUCGGGUAAGAUUUAUUUUUGUAGAUGAACUGCAUGCU